AUGGGAUUUGAGUUGGACCGGUUUAAAGGGGCGGUGGACCCGGAUUUCAAAUGCAACCUGUGCAACAAAGUUCUGGAAGACCCGCUCACCACUCCGUGCGGUCACGUCUUCUGCGCCGGCUGCGUUCUUCCCUGGGUCGUCCAGCAGAGCAGCUGCCCCGUGAAGUGUCAGAGAAUCUCCACUAAAGAGCUCAACCACGUAUUGCCACUGAAGAACUUGAUUCUGAAGCUGGACAUUAAGUGUGACAACCAUGCAAGGGGCUGCGGAAAAGUUGUGAAGCUGCAACAUCUGGCUGAGCACACCGAGAUGUGCGAUUACUCGCCGGCCAAAUGCAGGAAUAAAGGAUGCAACGAGUUCCUCAUCCUGAGGGACAUGGAUGCCCAUAUGCGUGAUACGUGUGAUCACAGACCGGUGGGGAUAUGCGAGAAUGGAUGUGGAUUAAUGCUCUCUCAUAAAGAGCAGACGCUUAACAACCAUUGUUGUUUGCGAGCCCUGAAGGCGUUCAACAGUGCGCUCCACGGGAAAGUCAUCAGCCUGGAUAAGGAGUUGAAAAAGCAAUCGUUAAAGUCCAACACGAGAGAGAAGUCUCUGCUCGCUCAACUUUCCGCGGUUCAUACAGAGCUGCAGAUGACAGCGUUGAAAUAUCAGAAGAAAUUUACCGAGUACAGUACGAGGAUUGAGGCGCUCACCAGGAGCCUCGCUUUCCCAUUCAAGGAAGGUGAAACGGAUAGCUUGACUGUAGUGCUUCACCGGGAGAGCGGAUCUUUGGGUUUCAACAUCGUAGGAGGAAGACCCAGUGGGGACGAAAGUGACGGCAUCUCAAACGAAGGCAUUUUUGUGUCCAAGGUCAUCGAGCAGGGUCCAUCAGAUAAGGACGGAGGCCUACAAAUCCACGACAGAAUAUUAGAGCUGAACGGGAAGGACCUGUCCAAGGCCACCCACGACCAGGCGGUGGAGGCCUUCCGCACGGCCAAGGAGCCCAUCAUGGUGCAGGUCCUGCGCCGUGCGCCCCGGCCAAAGCUGGCCGGCGGGGGGGCCGACGCCCAGCUGACGGACAUCAGCACCCAGACGGACAUCACCUUCCAGGAGAUCAUGGCUCUCUCGAAGAUGCCCGUCUCCAGUCCGACCCUGCCCUCGCUGGAGCCGUACCUGCUGCCCGAGGAGCAUCCUACUGGACGUGCAUAUUUUGACCCCAAUGACUUCCUCGAGGGCAUGCACCAGGAAAUAGAACGAGAAGAGUUGGAAUACGAGGAGGUGGACUUAUACAGAGCCAACACUCAGGACAAGCUGGGGCUGACGAUCUGCUACAGGACAGAUGACGAGGAUGAGACCGGGAUCUACGUCAGCGAGAUUGACCCCAACAGCAUUGCUGCAAAGGAUGGCAGAAUGAGAGAAGGAGAUAGAAUCAUCCAGAUCAACGGUGUGGAGAUCCAGAACCGGGAUGAGGCCGUGGGUAUGCUGACCAGCGAGGAGAACCAGAACAUCUGUCUGCUCGUAGCAAGACCUGAAAUCCAGCUGGACGAAGGCUGGAUGGACGACGUCCGAAACGACUUCCUGGACGAGUUCCAUAUGGACAUGUUGGAGCAGCAGCACCACCACGCCAUGCAGUACACGGCCAGCAUGCUGCAGCAGAAGAAGCACGAGGAGGACGGCGGCACCACGGACACGGCCACGCUGCUGUCCAACCACCACGAGAAGGACAGCGGCGUGGGCCGCACGGACGAGAGCACCCGCAACGACGAGAGCUCGGAGCAGGAGAACCUGGGCGACGACCACACCACGGCCUCCAACACGCUGGCCAGCUGCCGCCAGCUCACCUACAGCCAGGACACCCUGGGCAGCGCCGACUUGCCCUUCAGCGGCGAGUCCUUCAUCUCCGGCGACUACGCCGACGCCGACUUCCUGGGGAUCCCCGCCGAUGAGUGCGAGCGCUUCCGGGAGCUCCUGGAGCUCAAGUGCCAGGCCAGCGGCUCCUCGGGGGCCCUGUACUGCCCGGGGAGCCCCGGGGCCGGCGGGCCGGGCCCAGAGCCCGAGUGCAUGGACAAGGAGCUGGAGCUGCUGAACGAGGAGCUGCGCAGCAUCGAGCUGGAGUGCCUGAACAUUGUGCGCGCCCACAAGAUGCAGCAGCUGCGGGAGCAGUACCGCGACUCCUGGAUGCUGCACAACGGCGGCUUCCACAACUACAACACCAGCAUCGACGCGCACCGCCACGAGCUCUCCGACAUCACGGAGCUGCCCGAGAAGUCGGACAAGGACAGCAGCAGCGCCUACAACACCGGGGAGAGCUGCCGCAGCACGCCGCUCACCCUGGAGCUGUCCCCGGACAACUCCCUGCGGCGGCUCGGCGCCGAGGACCAGGCCGGGGUGUCGGGCUCCGGUGGCAUGGUCCUCAAGCCCCAUCUGUCCCUGGUGCAGGAGGCCGGUGGCACCGGCGGGGGCAGCAGGGCCUCGGCCAAGGACCCGGAGGAAGGCCCCGAGGCGGAGGCCAAGGAGAGGAAACCGGGCGAGAGCAGCAAGGCCGGGCGGGGCUCUCUGCCGCCCAACCCGCGCUCGCCCUACAAGCACGCCCACAUCCCCGCCCACGCGCAGCACUACCAGAGCUACAUGCAGCUGAUCCAGCAGAAGUCGGCGGUGGAGUACGCCCAGAGCCAGAUGAGCCUGGUGAGCAUGUGCCCCAUCGCGGCAGGCGACGCCGACGAGCCGGGGGCCAAGAUGGAGUGGAAGGUGAAGAUCCGGAGCGACGGCACCCGCUACAUCACCAAGCGGCCGGUGCGCGACAAACUGCUGCGGGAGCGGGCGCUCCGCAUCCGUGAGGAGCGCAGCGGCGGCAUGACCACGGACGACGACGCGGCCAGCGAGCUGAAGAUGGGGCGCUACUGGAGCAAGGAGGAGCGCAAGCAGCACGCGGUGCGCUCCAAGGAGCAGCGGCAGCGGCGCGAGUUCAUGAAGCAGAGCCGCGCCGACUGCCUGAAGGAGCAGUCGGCGGCGGAGGACGGCAAGGAGCCCAACAUCAUCGAGCUGAGCCACAAGAAGAUGAGCAAGAAGAGGAACAAGAAGAUCUUCGACAACUGGAUGACCAUCCAAGAACUGCUGACCCACGGGAGCAAGUCUCCGGAGGGCACCCGGGUGUACAACUCGAUCCUGUCGGUGACCACCGUCUGAGCUCCCCAGGCCCGCCAGGCUGGUUUGGGUGAUGGGUCGGGGGUAGGGUGGGGUUGUAUUAUAUGCUGACGGAAAUGUAAUGUACUGUAGAUAGAACACUCGCUGGGGGGGAGAGUGGGGGUUCCCACCUCUAUUCGUCGUGGGCUUUGUAAAAAACGAACCGAGAAGAGCCUUUUUUCUUGAAGGAACUGAGGAGCUGCCACAAUGGUCUUGGGGCGUUUCGCUGAGGUGUUCCGUUGUUGGGGUGUUGGACGCGGCGUCACUGACAUGGAUGUAAGGCCGCCUUUGCAGAAUAUCUAAAAAAUGCUUACAAUAAUCUUUUCUACCUUUGCACUUGCUCUUUUGAAUAUUAUUGGAUCAAAAUGCAAUAUUCAAGUUUUGAAAGGAAGUGACGCGGACCGUGUGCCGUUUAAAAUAUAUAUAUGUAAAGCCAACAUUUACACGUUUUUUAUUUUAUUUUUGGCUUGGCAGUUAUCCUUCAACAGUAUUUUACUGAGGUGCAUAAUGUAAUGUUUUGAGAAAUACAAUGCUAUUUUCUUGCAAGGUCUAACAAUUAAUUAUUUCAAUAGGAAUUUGUAAAUAAAAAAGUGCAAAAAUACAAAAGUCGGGUUUUUGACUGUUAUAGAACACCAUGGCCAAUGGCGCUGUUAUUUUGUAAAUGUUUGACAACCAGUUGUAUUCCAUCUGUUACAUAUACUUUCAACAACAAAUAUCCGCCAUUAUAGUUGUGUCCUUGUAGGUCGGGGAGCACAUUCCUCCUGUCUUGUCUUAAACAUGAGUUAUCUCUGUUUAUCUUUUAUUGUUAAUGCACAUCGUAGUCACUUCUUGAUUUCGUAGGGGCUACACAUAUAUCGGGCGAAAAAAACAGCUUAACGAAUCCUUUAGUUAGCCAACCUUUUUUGCUGUCCUGUAAAAUGAGAGAAAUAAUAAAUUAUUGUUUUAUAUACGAUGAGCUUUCACACGU